UGCAGGUGUUUUUAUUCCUGGGAAGAGGUGGUUCCUCAGAGCUGUGAGCUGGAAGGGGAGGAGAGGUCAGCGGUGCUCAGGGUAAAAUGGUUCCUAGUUGCUGAAAUGAGCUUAGGUGAAAAGCCCCAUUCGAGGGAAAAUGAAUCCAUUUCGGGAGAAAAUAGAAUAAUGUUCUCUCUGUCUUCCUGCAAUCUUGGUGGAGCAGAGAAAGCUGUAGAAAUUCCUGCUGGAAGGGCUGGUUUUGGUGUGUGUUCCCAGGUCUGUAACAGCAGACAGAAAUCUCGCAGAAUCGCAGUUCUGUAAUAUGAUUGGAACAAGCAGAUAAAUGUGAUAGAAGGAGGAGAUCUCUGCAAGGAAUUCCUGCUGACUGUCAUUUCACUCAGCAUUUGGCAGUGUCACUGAUUGCUCCAGCAGCUCCAGGCUGGAUUUUUUUUCCUUAAUCGCUUUACAGAGCAGUCACAUAUUCCCCUCUCCUCAGAGUGUGGCCAUGGCUGUCUAAUUAACAGAGCUCUUCCUCUUUUUAGGGAGAUUUUUGGCUUCCAGAAAAAUUCUGUGUGGUUUCCAGCCGGCGUUCCUUCUCCCACUGGGUCUAUAAUAGCUCCCAAAAUUCCCCAGCUUGUAAUCACUGCUGCAGCCAGAUGGGGACUAGGUGGAACACCCAUUGCAUCUGUGCCUGCAUUUAUGAAUCUGCCAGAAGUAUCUCACUUAGGUGAGAUUUUAGAUAUAUAUUUCAUGAGUUAAUGAGCCCUGAACAGCGAUGAGGAAAAUCCAGUGCUGGUACUGCCUGUGCUGCCAUCCUUCUCCCAGAUCCUGGCAUGAUACUGAUGGAGCAGGGAGAGCUCUGAGGAGUCAUUCAGCCUGACAUGAGCAAAACAGAGGCUGCAGUUCCACCUUACCAGCUGAUGGUACUUCAAGAGGUUCUUCUUGGAUUUAACAGGGUCUCCUUGCUCCUGCUCUUCUGCUUCAUUGCUCUCCUCGUCUUUUCUCCCUGUGGAAGGAGCUGUGAAAACUGUGUGAGAAUCCCCCGAGGUCCUGUCCAGCAGCCCCUGGAGGAUCGGAUCUUCACUCCGACCGUCUCGGCUGUGUACAGCACUUUUAUCUCCACACAGGUAACACAAGUAGCAAGACAACCGGGUCCUCCUGCCCCAUCCCCUUACACUGCACAUGAAAUAAAUAAGGGACACCCAAAUCUUGCUGCAACGCCACCGGGACAUGCAUCGUCCCCUGGGCUCUCACAGGCUCCUUAUCCCUCAGGACAGAAUGCAGCUCCCACCACGCUGGUGUACCCUCAAGCCCCUCAAACAAUGAGCACGCAGCCUCAGACCCGCUCGCCGCCCAGCAGAACAGUGCCAAUACAUUGCACAGAAAACUGGAAGAGGAGGAAGGUUUUGGAACAGAGUCCGGUUUACAGGUCCCUGGCUGGAAGAGGCUGGAUAAAAUACUGCAUUUUUGCAGCGGGGCCUCGACCUGCCCAUCACCAGGGAGGAUUCAGACCUAUACAGUUUUUUCAGAGGCCUCAGAUCCAGCCUCCAAGAGCCACCAUCCAGAACAGCAGCCCCUCCAUCCGUCCCGGAGCGCAGACCCCGACUGCCGUGUACCAAACCAACCAGCACAUCAUGAUGGUGAACCACCUGCCAAUGCCCUACCCGAUGCCUCAGGGCCCCCAGUACUGUAUCCCACAGUAUCGUCACAGUGGCCCCCCGUACGUUGGGCCACCCCAGCAAUAUCCUGUGCAGCCACCAGGACCAGGACCCUUCUAUCCAGGCCCAGGUCCUGGAGAAUUCCCCAAUGCCUACGGAACUCCCUUCUACCCCAGCCAGCCCGUGUACCAGUCUGCACCCAUCAUUGUGCCUACGCAGCAGCAGCAGCCGCCGCCUGCCAAGAGAGAGAAGAAAACGAUACGAAUCCGGGAUCCAAACCAGGGAGGCAAAGACAUAACAGAAGAAAUCAUGUCUGGAGGGGGCAGCAGGAACCCCACCCCCCCCAUCGUCAGACCCACCUCCACCCCGACUCCACCUCAGCAGGUGCCCAGCCAGGUCCCCGAGCCCGUUCCCCCGGCGUUGGGAGCCGUGGAGAGCUCCCACCCCUCUGGCAGCGCCCCCGGCACCGCGGCCCCCGCCUCCAAACAAGAAGAGAAGCCAAAACCAGACCCAGUAUUAAAACCACCUUCUCCAGUCCUCAGACCAGAACCUGCUGGGGAGAAGAAAGAUCAAGCUGGGCAGACGACCGAGGCCCCCAGCUCAGUGGAAACCCCGGCAGAACUUCCUCGUGCUCCGUCGCCAGCCCCGGCCGCUCCGGCCGCCGCUGUCCCCGCGGCUGCCGCUGCUGUCACCAUGUCCAGCCAAGCCCUGCCCGCGGCUGACCCGGAGGACAAAUGUGAACUGGCCUUCCCCAGAGAGGAGGCGAUGCCUACCCCCAGUGCCACAGCCUGCCCGGAGCCAGUGGCCGCUCCUCCUGCGGAGGAGCCCGGUGCCGAGGCGUGCACAGAGCCCAGCAGUGCAGUAGCAUCCCCCGGUGACGCCCCGGCGCAGCCGGCCGGGCCCGCUGGGGACAGCGACACGAGCAGCGCCGGGGCCGAGCCGGGGCCAGAGGUGGCUGAGGAGGAAGCUGCAGCGUUGACUGUGGAGGUGGAGCCCAGCGAGGCCCCCCCAGCAGAGGUGGAGAGCGCUCCAUCACCUCCCAGUGCUCCUCUCGCUGCGCCCUCUCCUCCUCCCACCCCGCCGCCCACCCCGCCACCCCCGUCCCCUCCGCUUCCCAUCGCUGCUGUCACCCCUACAGCUCCUUCUCCACCUCCUCUCCUGUCUCCGAGUGCCCUCCCUGUUGUCCAGGGAGAUUUAGAGGGAGAGGAGAGCACAAGAACUACUCUUAGUGAAGAGGUAAAAGAUACUGAAAAGAAGGAAGAGACAGAAGCAGAUGGGCAAAUGGAGGAGAGCCGGGAGGCUCUGACUGUGAACUCAAGCAGGAGUCCUGUCCCAGCCCAAACCGCUGUAACUGCACCAAAGACCUGGAAGAAACCAAAAGACCGGACCCAAGCCACUGAGGAGGAGACAGAGGCAGAAACAGAGCCGAAGGAGGAGGAGGAGGAGGAAACUUCAGGGGACAAAGUACUUGAAUCCGACCAGGAGAAAAUGAGCCAUGGGCUUCAAGCAGAGAGGGAACCCUCAGAGCUCAAAGCAGUGAAAGGCGUGGAGGAGAACGGGGAGCAGGAGGCAGAGCCGGUGCGGAACGGCGCCGAGAGCGUCUCGGAGGGCGAGGGCACCGACGCCGCCUGCGGCUGCACGGAGAGCCCCGGAGAGGGGCCCGGGUACCAGUACAAACCAGAGCAGUGGAAGCCCCUGGACCCUGAGGGGAAGAAGCAAUACGACAGGGAAUUCCUGCUGGAUAUCCAGUUCAUGCCUGCCUGUAUCCAGAAGCCCGAGGGGCUGCCUCCCAUCAGCGACGUGGUGCUCGACAAGGUGAGAGGAGAGCCCAUAAAACAGAUCAACCCGCCCAAAUUGCCGCUGAGGACUCUGGACCCCCGGAUCCUGCCACGAGGCCCCGACUUCACACCAGCCUUUGCUGAUUUUGGGAGGCAAGCCCCCGGGGGAAGAAACGUGUCUGGAAGUUUGUUGAAUGUUGGACCGAGGAGAUCUCAGCCAGGCCAGAGGAGGGAGCCCAGGAAGAUCAUCACUGUGUGUGUGAAGGAGGAUGUGCACCUGAAGAAGGCAGAGAACGCCUGGAAACCAAGCCUGAAGAGGGAAAACCAAACUGAGGACCCAGAAAAUGUCAAAACCCAGGAGCUGUUCCGCAAGGUACGGAGCAUCUUGAACAAGCUGACGCCCCAGAUGUUCAACCAGCUGAUGAAGCAGGUGACAGACCUGACAGUGGACACAGAGGAGAGGCUGAAGGGAGUCAUCGACCUGGUCUUUGAGAAGGCCAUCGACGAGCCCAGCUUCUCCGUGGCCUACGCCAACAUGUGCCGCUGCCUGGUGACGCUGAAAGUGCCCAUGGCAGACAAACCUGGGAGCACAGUAAAUUUUCGUAAGUUGCUGUUAAAUCGCUGCCAGAAGGAAUUUGAAAAGGACAAGGCUGACGAUGAUGUCUUUGAAAAGAAGCAGAAAGAACUCGAAGCUGCUACCACUCCAGAGGAGAAGACACGGCUCCACGACGAGCUGGAGGAGGCCAAGGACAAAGCCCGGCGGCGAUCCAUCGGGAACAUCAAAUUCAUCGGCGAGCUUUUCAAGCUGAAGAUGCUGACGGAGGCCAUCAUGCACGACUGCGUGGUGAAGCUGCUGAAAAACCACGACGAGGAGUCCCUCGAGUGCCUUUGCCGCCUGCUCACGACCAUUGGCAAGGACCUGGACUUUGAGAAGGCAAAGCCCCGCAUGGACCAGUAUUUUAAUCAGAUGGAGAAGAUUGUGAAAGAGAGGAAAACCUCCUCAAGGAUUCGGUUCAUGCUUCAGGAUGUAAUAGACCUAAGGCUGUGCAACUGGGUGUCACGGAGAGCAGACCAGGGCCCCAAGACCAUCGAGCAGAUCCACAAAGAAGCCAAGAUUGAAGAGCAGGAAGAACAGAGGAAGGUGCAACAACUCAUGACCAAAGACAAGAGGAGACCGGGUGUCCCGCGGGUCGACGAAGGCGGCUGGAACACUGUGCAGGGGGCAAAGAACAGCAGAGUGCUGGACCCCACCAAGUUCCUUAAAAUCACCAAGCCCACAAUAGAUGAGAAGAUUCAGCUCGUGCCUAAAGCCCAGUUGGGCAGCUGGGGGAAGGGCAGCAGUGGUGGAGCCAAGGCAAGCGAGAUGGACUCCUUGCGACCAAGUGCCACAAGUCUGAACAGAUUUUCUGCCCUGCAGCCUCCAGUGUCCCCAGUAUCUGCCUCAUCUGCAUCUUCAGAACUAGAAUCUCGCAGGGCCUUAACGAGUCGCGGGAGCACGGGCAGGGAGAAGAACGACAAACCUCUGCCAGCUUCCCUGUCCCGGCCCAACACCUUCCUCCGGGGCAGCAGCAGCAAGGAGCUGCUGCUGGACAACCAGGCCCAGGAGGAGCAGCGCAGGGAGAUGCUGGAGACGGUGAAGCAGCUGACAGGAGGCAUGGAGGUGGACAGGAACAGCACCGAGGCCGAGAGGAACAAAGCCAAGGAACCUGCCAAGCCAGAAGCUCCCCCAGCUCCAGUUCAAGAAAAGCCUUCACUCUCAGAAGAGGAAAUAGAGAGAAAAUGCAAAUCUAUCAUUGACGAGUUCUUGCAUAUUAAUGAUUUUAAGGAGGCCAUGCAGUGUGUGGAGGAGCUGAGUGCCCAGAACCUGCUGCCCGUGUUCGUGCGCGUGGGCGUGGAGUCCACGCUGGAGCGGAGUCAGAUCACCAGGGAUCACAUGGGCCAGUUGUUACAUCAGCUGGUGCACUCGGGAAAGCUGAGCAAGCAGGAUUUCUUCAAGGGUUUUUCCGAGACCCUGGAGAUGGCGGAUGACAUGGCCAUAGAUAUACCCCAUAUCUGGUUGUACCUGGCUGAGUUGGUGACCCCCAUGUUAAAAGAAGGAGGAAUCUCUAUGAGAGAACUUAUACAAGAAUUUAGCAAACCCUUGCUUCCUGUGGGAAGAGCCGGUGUCUUGCUUGCUGAAAUCUUGCACCUUCUAUGCAAACAAAUGAGCCAUAAGAAAGUGGGAGCCUUAUGGAGGGAAUCUGGCCUCAGUUGGAAGGACUACUUGCCCGAAGGGGAGGAUGUACAUACCUUUCUCAUGGAACAGAAGUUGGAGUUCACAGAGUCUGACUGUUCCAGUUCCUCAGAAGCACUUUCAGAGAAAGAACUGUCUGCAGAAGAGCUGAACAAGCAGCUGGAAAAACUCAUUGUUGAGGACAAGGCGAAUGAUGAACAAAUCUUUGACUGGGUAGAGGCUAAUCUAGAUGAAAGCCAGAUGAGUUCACCUACAUUCCUUAGAGCUUUAAUGACAGCAGUUUGUAAAGCAGCUAUUAUAGCGGACUCUUCUAGCUUCCGAGUGGACACUGCUGUUAUCAAACAGAGAGUGCCCAUCUUACUCAAGUACCUGGACUCAGACACAGAGAAGGAACUACAAGCACUUUAUGCACUACAAGCAUCAAUAGUAAAACUUGAUCAACCUCCUAAUUUGUUGCGGAUGUUUUUUGAUUGCCUGUAUGACGAGGAGGUCAUUUCAGAGGAUGCUUUCUACAAGUGGGAAAGCAGCAAGGACCCGGCGGAGCAGAACGGAAAAGGAGUAGCGCUAAAAUCUGUCACGGCGUUCUUCACGUGGCUACGGGAGGCCGAAGAGGAGUCAGAGGAUAAUUAAAACUUAAAAUACAGAUUUAAAACAAACAAACAAAAAAAGAAACAAUUUAAGUAUUUUUUUAAAAAGUUUCACGUCUUCGCCAAUCACAGUGCAGCAAGGCCAAUUCUCUCUCGCAGACCCCCCUUGCCCCACACACGCACGAGUGGGAGAGGUAAAACCCGAUAAACACCGAGGUGAUCAUGGAGGCAAAAAGGUACUUGAAAACAAACCCACAAAAGUAAACUUCAAACCUGAGGGCGGGAGCACUAAACCAAAAUACGUGUAUUAUUUAUAGAAAAUAUUUUCUGGUUUAAUCUUUUUCUUUUGUUUUUAAACAAGGACUCAUACUUAGGAAAACACACAGCAAAACAAAUCUGUUUAGCAAAAACAAAAACAAGUUGAAAACUUCUAAUUUAUUAUUUUAAGGACUGCAAAUGCCAGUGUAAUUUUUAAAUUUGCAGUUUCUGUAAACAAAUUGUAUAAUAGAACAAAAGCAGAGAAAUAAAUUUCCCUCCCCUUCAUACGCACCUCAGUUUUGUUUCAAAGCAUGAUAAAUCAACAAAACUUUGAAGGGGAUUGGGGUGAGCUAGAUGAGGACAAGAUCAAUUUUUUUUUUUAUUGUCAUCAGAUUUUUAUGCCUGCCUCUCAGCUUGCUUCAGAAAUUUAAAAAGAAAAUAGUAAUCAAACCAUACAUAACCUUGGAUCGGAAGGAAAACGCAUUUGAGAAAACCGCUGAGGACCAGAGUGCUCCGAAAAUAACUCAUUGAAAACCGUGCUACCCCGGGGAAAAAAGUACUAGUGAUACUUUGAGAACCUUUAGAGCAACUUUAAGGCUUGUAAAUACAUAGAACAA